CAAAAAAAAAUCAUGGCCCUUUGAUAAAAAUAGAGGGACACUGUUUACCUAAAAAACGCAGCCUCACCUUUCCUUUCUUGAACACACAAAAAUCUCUCUCCUCUCUCUCUCUCCCCAGACCAGGAAAAGGCAAAUCCCACUUUCAUUUCUCUUCCAACCUACUGGGUGUUGAGAUUGCAAAUACUAAUCUAGUUUCCCACGUCUCAUAAGAUCAGAGCUGCGGAAAUGGCGAGAGAGAAGAUAAGGAUAAAGAAGAUAGACAACGUGACUGCGAGACAAGUGACGUUCUCGAAGAGAAGAAGAGGCAUCUUCAAGAAGGCCGAAGAGCUCUCCGUUCUCUGCGACGCCGAAGUCGCUCUCAUCAUCUUCUCCGCCACCGGAAAGCUCUUCGAGUUCUCUAGCUCAAGAAUGAGGGACAUCUUGGCAAGGUAUAAUCUUCAUGCCAGUAAUCUCAACAAACUUAAUCCCCCUCUUGCCCUCCAGCAGCCGGAGAAUAGCAACCUGGCGAGACUGAGCAAAGACAUUGAAGACAAAACCAGGCAGCUACGUCAACUGAGGGGAGAGGAUCUUCAAGGUCUGAGCUUGGACGAUUUGCAGCGGCUAGAGAAGUUGGUCGAAUCCGGACUCGGCCGAGUUCGCGAGAAAAAGGGAGAGCGUGUUAUGGGCGAGAUUUCUUCACUUGAGAGGAGGGGAGCUGAGUUGGAGGAAGAGAACAACAAUCUGAGACAGAGGCUGAUGAUGUUAGAGAGAGGCAAAACGGCUGCGUUUAGGGAAGGGGAAACGGUAGCAGGAGUACAAGAAGGAAUGUCAUUGGAAUCAGCUGUGACGACCAAUGUCUCCAGCAGCAGCAGUGCUUCUCCUCUCGACGACGAUUUCUCCGACACUUCCCUUAAACUUGCCCUUCCCUUUUCCAUGUGAAUCUUGAGAUAUGGCUGAGGGAGAGACUCCAGGUUGCCAUGGAGGAUUUUAAAAACCCUGAAUUGGAGCUUUCCCUAUGA